CUCCAACAUUUUGGUGUUUGGUUAUGUUCUAAACUUUCAGAUAACAAAGAAUAUAAUUAACUGCUUACGCGACGCUCUUAUCAGACAAAUCUCAACUACUUGCAUGCUAAUUCCUCCUGAUAACAAACCAAACCAUAAACCAGACAUCCUUAUCACUUUCGAAAGGUCAAUAGUGACAUUAGUGACAGUGCAGUGUGUACAAAACACAACACAUGUGCUUUUCGGGGGUGUCAGUUCUCCAUUCUUGACCAAACCAGUGAACUAUGCGUACAGCCCCCCAUUAAAACUAGCCGCUUUCACAAGAUAUCAAAGCCCUAAAACCCCAAACCAUGGAAGGCGGACCCAACAUCCAGGAAACCGAGGACAGCUCAAGCUCCUCUUCGGAAGAACCGCAUCCGGGAUGCGUCUACAGCUGCUGCAACCCCAGGGGCACCCUCCACCGCUUCGUGGCCCUCAUUUUCAUGUGCUUCCUCGGCUUCGGUUCGUACUUUUGUUACGACAACCCGGCCGCUUUGGAGGACCACAUUAAGAAGGAUCUGAAUCUGGAUACGACGCAUUAUGCCAUGCUUUACUCGAUGUAUUCGUGGCCCAACGUGGUGCUAUGCUUCGUGGGAGGGUUCUUGAUUGACAGAGUUUUCGGGAUACGGCUGGGGACCAGUCUGUAUAUGGGGUUGACGUUGCUGGGACAGGUCCUGUUCGCUGGAGGGGUUUUGUUCGACCAUUUUUGGGUCAUGUGUGCCGGAAGAUUCGUUUUUGGCAUCGGCGCCGAAUCCCUAGCCGUGGCCCAAAACAACUACGCCGUCUUGUGGUUCAAGGGCAAGGAGCUGAACAUGGUCUUCGGGCUGCAGCUCAGCUUCGCUAGGGUCGGCAGCACCGUGAACUUCCUGGUGAUGGAGUCGGUGUACGAGUGGGUGAACAAACAAUACAAGGGCCCAGAAGGGCUUGGAAUCGUUCUGUUUCUGGCGACUACCACGUGCUUAUUGUCCAUGCUGUGCGCUUUGGUCCUGGGCAUCAUGGACAAAAGGGCCGAACGAAUUCUGCGGAGACAGGAAACCGAAAGUGGUGAGGUGGCCCGGUUGAGGGACGUCCUGGAUUUCAAAGCUACGUUCUGGUUGAUCACGGUGGUCUGCGUGGCGUACUACGUGGCGAUUUUUCCCUUCAUAGGAUUGGGCAAAGGCUUCUUCACCACCAAAUUCCACAUGACCAACCAGGAAGCGAACAAUAUCAACAGUCUCGUGUACUUAAUAUCAGGAAUCGCGUCACCCGUCUUGGGACUCGUCAUCGACAAAGUGGGCAAAAACAUAUCGUGGAUCAUUUUGGCAAUUUCCGCUACCAUCUGCUCACACUCGCUGCUGGCAUUCACUACAGUCACUCCUUAUGUCGCUAUGGUUUCCAUGGGACUUGCGUACGCAUGCUUGGCCAGCAGCCUGUGGCCUUUAGUGUCGCUCAUCAUUCCAGAAUACCAACUGGGAACAGCUUAUGGAGUUUGUCAAGCUGUCCAAAAUCUCGGUUUGGCGGUAUUUACAAUAGUGGCUGGCGAUAUCGUAGAGAAAUACGGCUACACGUGGCUGGAAAUCUUCUUCUUGAGCAGUCUAACAGUCGCCUUAGUAGCCACUUUCGUCUUAUGGUUCACCGACACGUGGCAACGCGGCAUGUUGAACAUGACUCCAGGUUCCAGACUUCUCCACCAGGAGGCUCUUCGUAGUGCCGAAGAAGAAGAAAAUCAGAAACUCCUAGCUGCCGAAGCCGGAACGAGCAACGACGGUUUUCAACCGAGUUCAGAUUUCGAGAUCCGGAAUAGGUACCUGUCGAGGAUCGGGGCACCUUUACCUGAUCAUUAUUGCAUUCAAAAAAAAGGACUCACUUAUCUGAGAUGAGUUGAAAGAACACUUAACGAAAGAUGUGAUAUAAAAAGACUAAGUAGAUAGGUUUGUACUGAAUACAAAAAAUGAUUGGCGAUUUUGUUAAUUAUAGGAGAUUUUAUGAUAAUGUGAUAUAUCUUAAGCAUCUAGAUGUAGUAGGCGUAAAGACGUUGGUAACAUUGUGUUUAUCUCAGAUUGAGUAUUUUUGUACUGUUGGUGUAAUUAAAAGUAACUAGUAAUGUUAGUUCCUAUGUACAUAUAUAAAUCUGUGAUCAAUAGAAUAUGAAAUGAUACAAACAUAACCUCACUUGUCGCCUUGUACAAUACAUUUCAUUUCAUUAAAUUCCAAGUGAUUUUGUUACCAAUGUUUUACGUUAUUUCUUUAUGACACUAUAUUGUUAAGUUUUUAAGGAAUUUAGUUAGCAGAAAUUGAAAAAUGCCGACGUGUGCUGUUCAUGUUCUAUUAUUUAUUUGGUCGUUAUAACAAUUGUACGUUACAGAAUAAAUUUUUUAAGUAC